ACACUAUUUGUUCCUUUUGUAUAAAAAGGUCAACAGUGGAAUUAUUAUCCUGAUUAUAUUUGAUUUUCCUGUUAAUUGGAUUAUUUGAGGAAAAGCAAUAUCUUUUUGGUAUUUGUUGUUUUGCAUUUUGUUAUUUGAAAAUGGUCCUGUGACUGUUCUUUUAGCAGGUCAAACAAAGUCCAGAAGGUGAUCCUGAUUCAAGGUAAACGUGGGGCAAAUAGAGGCGGGCCGGAUGGUGACUAUAUCCUCAUGAGCGAUUGGAUGAAGUGAGUCUUUUAAAAUCUGGAGUGCGUUGUAGACAUUUUUAGUAAAUAUUAGUCGAGGAGGAAGAAUACAUCUUUACUGCAACUGAUUUGGACAAGUCAUGAGUGGAUGCCCGUACUUUGAGAAGAGGCAUUUGUUAUUCAAAAACAAGCCUCCAAAUACAGAAGAUGAUGAGGAUGGCUCUCAGGCAGGUGUUAACAAGGCCAGCAAAGGAGGAAUCAUCUAUGGAGACUACCUGCAGCUCGACAAAAUAGUCUCAGCCCAGGUGUUGCAGAGUGAACUAAAGGGUAAUAAGAUCCAUGAUGAGCACCUCUUCAUUGUCACCCAUCAAGCCUAUGAACUGUGGUUCAAACAGAUUCUGUUUGAACUCGAUUCAGUGCGUGAGAUCUUCAUCAGUGGACACGUCCGAGACGAACGCAAUAUGCUCAAAGUCAACACUCGCAUCCACAGGAUUGUAAUGAUAUUCAGACUGCUGGUCGACCAAUUUGCAGUUUUAGAAACAAUGACGGCCUUGGAUUUUUUUGACUUCAGGGAAUACCUGUCUCCGGCCUCAGGCUUCCAAAGCCUUCAGUUUCGGCUCCUGGAGAACAAAAUCGGGGUCCCAGACAACCUGAGGGUUCCUUACAACAGACGCCAUUACAGAGACAAUUUCAAGGGUCACGAGAGUGAGAUGCUGCUCGCCACUGAACAGGAGCCCACGCUCUUAAAGCUAGUCGAGGAGUGGCUGGAGAGAACCCCUGGCUUGGAGGUGGAUGGAUUCAAUUUCUGGGAAAGGCUGGAAAUCAAUAUAUUUGAUGGGCUGAAUCAAGAGAAGGAGAAAUUUGAGAAAAUGCCAGAUUCCGAGGAGAAGGAGGAACUGAUGGCUGAGCUGGUCAAACAGAAGGAGCUCUUCACUUCUCUGUUUGAUGAAAAGCGCCAUGACCAUCUCCUCAGCAAAGGUGAGAGGCGGCUCUCUUACAAGGCUCUACAAGGUGCCCUGAUGAUCUACUUCUACAGGGAGGAGCCGAGGUUCCAGGUUCCUUUCCAGCUGCUCACAUCCCUCAUGGAUAUUGACACUCUCAUGACAAAAUGGAGAUACAAUCAUGUAUGCAUGGUGCAUCGUAUGAUUGGCAGCAAAGCCGGCACAGGGGGAUCAUCUGGCUACCACUACCUGAGAUCUACAGUCAGCGACCGCUAUAAAGUGUUUGUGGAUCUGUUCAACCUGGCAACAUUCCUGGUGCCUCGCCACUGGGUGCCCAAGCUGAAUCCCAAUGUUCAUACCUUCCUCUACAUGGCCGAGUUCUGCGACAGCUCCUACUGCAGCAGCGAAGACUCGGACUAGGGGGCAUCUCGCCCGUCUGCCCCGGUUUCCUUUCUUUCACUGUAACAGAUCUCGCGACUGCGGGUCGUUUGCGCAGCUGAAAAGUUUGAGUGGCAGGUUCGUAGGCGAAUAGGUGGCCAUCAAAACAUGCCAAGAAACACACAUUUUGUUCAGUCCAGAGAGCUAAGAUACGCAUGGCAUCAGGUUGGUCUACCCGAAAAAAGCCCAUACAUCGAAAAAUUAUAUUUUUUCUUGAGAAUUGUGAGAGCGCAGCCUUAAAUGCAUCCCGUUUUAGCACAAAGUACCUUAAAACUAAAUUAGAUUAUGAAAGACACUCUUACAUUGUGUUUUCUGAGCACCUUGAAUCUUAAUUUGUCGUUUUUUCCAGUUGAUAAAGGAUGUUGGAGUGCGACCACCAAAAUAUCCAUCAGGUAGAAACAUUGUACCCCUGCUGGUUGUUCAAAAUUACAAAAAUCUUACAUUUCAAUGUUUAGCAAGCAAGGUAAAAACCCUUGUUUUCCCAUUGUAAGACUAAAAGCAUACCAAAUAUCCUACAAUUAUGUUGGAAAAAGAACAGAACAGCAAAUGACUUGUUCAUUAGUUACAUCAGGCUACAGAACUUGCAACACAGCAACUGACCCUGAAUAAAUCAAACGGCGAUAUUAGACUGUUUUGCUCUAAUCUCUAAUCCUGACUGGACACGCAGUACAGCAGAUGGCUCCUUGAUAAGAUUUGCUUUAGAUGUUUUAAAUUAUGCAAAUUCACCAUGACUGACCUGAAAGCAAAUGGAUGGGUGAGAGCAGUGAUCAAACUGGCGGCGCUGAAGAGUUUUUACACAGUUUUUUUUUUUUUAACAAAAGUAUCAUCUUUCAUGCCAGCAUGGGGAACGUGUCAGAGAGGGAGCUAUUUCAGACUACUGAGACGUGGCUUCAGUGCAAACCUCUGUAUAAACAAUCAAUGUCAACAUCUAAAAUAAAACAAUUUGCAUAAAAUGCAACUACAAAUGUAAAACUAUAAAAUAUGAACCAUAAAAGUUGUACAUAAUGUGAAUAAUGUACUUGUUUUAGAUGUGUUUUGUAUAGUAUUCUGUAUGUUGCUAAAUUAAUUUUGUUAUGUAUUUAUGCAGUGAUUAAUGUGAUCUCUGUGUAGAUAAAUUUGAGUUAUAUUACCCAUGACAUGUAUCUACCUUAUGUAUUUAAUAAGAUACGUAUUUUGUACAGUGCAUGUAUUCUUAUUAUUAGUUAUGCAGUGGUGUAUGUGUGUUAAUCGCUCAGUUAUGAUCCAACAUCUAUCAACAUAUGAAGUGAUUUAUUUUGUUUUGGUGAUGCAAGAUGGUGA